AUGAUGCUAAAACCCGUUGCUUUGGCCCUGGCGGCCCUUCAGUGCGUUGCGGGUCUCCGCUUUGCGAUGUACAUUGACGAAUAUCACAUCGACGGCCUUCCUGGCAGCAACACAACGCAGGGCAUCACGCAUGCGAUUAUGGGUUUUGCCAAAUCCACUGGCUUCAACACGGAUUCAGGGUCGUCAUUUCAGCCCUUUGAGCCAGUCGAAACCAUGCGCAAGCGUUUAGCGCCUGACACAAAGGUCCUGAUUGCGAUCGGUGGAUGGGGUGAUACGGAGGGUUUCUCGACAGGGGCAAAGGACGAGGCCUCCCGGGAACGGUACGCGAAGAACGUCGCAAAGAUGCUGGACAGCAAUGGAUUUGACGGCGUUGAUGUCGACUGGGAGUACCCUGGUGGAAACGGGGACGACUACAAGCAGGUCCCAAACAAGGACAAGGCUGACGAGAUCGAGACGUUCCCGCUGUUCAUCCAGGCUCUUCGUAAGGCAAUCGGCAAGGAUAAACUUCUCACCAUGGCGACUCCGGGUAAGAGAGAGGAUCUGAUCGCGUUCACAAAGGAAAACGGACCCAAGAUCUGGCCGUCUGUGGACUUUGUCAACGUGAUGUCUUACGACUUGAUGAACCGCCGCAACAACGUGACGAAGCACCACUCCAGCGUCGUUGACUCGCACGAUACUAUCAAGGCGUAUCUUGAAAUUGGAGCGCCGCCAGAGAAGCUCAACCUUGGAAUUGCCUACUAUAUGAAAUGGUUCACUACCCAGGAGAACGCAGAUUGCGAUACUCACCCCAUUGGAUGCCCGACGGUGGAGAUGGAGACCCCCGACGGAGCUGACAACGCGAAGUCGGGCGUCAUUACCUUCGAAAAGAAGAGCAUGGCUCCACCGCCGCAAGACUUGAAGGAGUCCAGUGACCAGAAAUGUGGUCUCGAGGCCAAAACCAAGUGCCCCGCUGGGUCCUGCUGCAGCAUUUACGGAAGCUGUGGUUCGGGCGAUGACUACUGUGGGGUCAACUGUGAUUCCAACUACGGCGAAUGUAAGGGCGUGUCAAUUCAAGGUUCACUGCAAAGCGCGCUCAAGGACGGCAAGACCGACGAGGAAGCGGGCGGCCAGUACUACAUGGAUGUAAAGAACAACCUGUUCUGGACCUGGGACACACCCGACUUAAUUACCCGUAAGUUCAAGGAUAUUGUAGACGCCGAGAAGUUGGGGGGUGUUAUGGCGUGGAGCUUGGGAGAGGAUACAUACAAAUGGGAGCAUCUGAAGGCGAUGCAGGCAGGAGUUGCCGAGCGCGGUAGCAACACGGAGGCUCGCGAUGACCCUGAAUGUUAA